AUAGGCUCCCUCUCCCUGGCUGUCACAUACACAUCGCGCUCACACACUCUCGCUCCCUCACAUCUACACACACACACACACACGCAGAGCCGAUCAGUGCGGGCGGCGCAGAGCCUGGUAAUUGUGUUGCUCCCUCCAAGCGGAAGGAAGGACCAAGAGGAGAGGAAGACCGGAGAAAGAAGAGGAGGAGAGAUAUAAAAACUUUGAUUUUUUUUGGUGAUUUUCUUUUUUUUCCCCUGGAGGUUGACUUGACGAUGACCCGGCAUCGCCGAUGGAGUCGGUAGGACACCCGUUAUCCGAGUGUUUUUUAAUGCACUCUGAACAAGAGAUGAACUUAUCGAAGGGGCCAUUGGUGAACAGCAGCAGCGACGACAACGCCAAGUCAACCUACAGCAAAUGUGGCGCUGGCGCCUGGAGGAUGCACCAGAGCUACGAACAGCUGGAGGCCAACCACAUGAGAGACGCACAUGCCCUCUACAACCCCAGGAACCAGCCUACAAUGAACGACCCGUACAACCCUGCACAGCCAUUACCUGCCGACAUCCUGCUUCUCUGCAGAAUGUCCAGUAAGGAGCGCCACCUUGAGUCCAACUGUCCGUCCUCUUAUAUAAAGACUGAGCCGUCUAGUCCCGCCUCCCUGACUGACAGCCUAAACCACCACUCCCCCGGCGGCUCCAGCGACGCCUCAGGCUCCUACUCGUCCACGAUGAACGGCCACCCCAACGGCUUAGACUCCCCGAGCCUCUACGGCUCCAACGCCGGGCCCCUCGGCCCCGCCGGCGGCCCCGGAUCAAAGCGCUACGAGGACUGUUCGUCAACGAUCGGCGAAGACUCACAGAUCAAGUGCGAGUACAUGUUGAAUUCCAUGCCCAAGAGGCUGUGUCUGGUGUGCGGGGACAUUGCGUCAGGAUACCACUAUGGGGUGGCGUCCUGCGAGGCCUGCAAGGCCUUCUUCAAGCGCACCAUCCAAGGCAACAUAGAGUACAGCUGUCCCGCCACCAACGAGUGCGAGAUCACCAAGAGGAGACGCAAGUCGUGCCAGGCCUGCCGCUUCAUGAAGUGCCUGACUGUGGGCAUGCUGAGGGAGGGUGUUCGUCUUGACAGGGUGCGCGGCGGGAGACAGAAGUAUAAACGCCGGAUAGAUGCCGACAACAGUUCAUACCUGAACCCACAGCUGGCUCUGCCUCCCAAGAAGCCAUUUGCCUUUGGCUGCCUUGCAGAUAACAAAAUCGUCUCUCACCUGCUGGUGGCCGAGCCGGAGAAGAUUUACGCCAUGCCCGACCCGACGGUACCAGACAGCGACAUCAAGGCCUUGACCACGCUGUGCGACCUGGCCGACAGAGAGCUGGUGGUCAACAUCGGCUGGGCCAAACACAUCCCCGGGUUCUCUACGCUGUCUUUGGCAGACCAGAUGAGUCUACUGCAGAGUGCGUGGAUGGAGAUCCUGAUCCUACGUGUCGUGUACCGCUCCCUGUCCUUUGAAGACAAGUUGGUGUAUGCCGAGGACUACAUUAUGGACGAGGACCAGUCGAAGCUCGCCGGACUUCUGGACCUGAACAAUGCCAUCCUCCAGCUGGUGAAGAAAUACAAGAUGAUGAAGCUGGAGAAGGAGGAGUUCGUGGCCCUGAAGGCCAUCGCGUUGGCCAACUCAGACUCCAUGCAUAUUGAAGAUGUGGACGCGGUGCAGAAGCUCCAGGACGUGCUCCAUGAGGCCCUGCAGGACUACGAGGCGUCCCAGCACCAGGAGGACCCCCGCCGGGCCGGCAAGCUGCUCAUGACCCUCCCCCUCCUCCGCCAGACCUCCACCAAAGCCGUGCAGCACUUCUACAGCAUCAAGCAGGACGGGAAAGUCCCGAUGCACAAACUCUUCUUGGAGCUGCUGGAGGCCAAGGUCUGAGGACGGGGGGAGGAGAUCAAAGGACGGCGAGGCAGCGCCGGUCCGAAUCUCACUUUGAAUGACCUCUUGCUCUUUUACACACACACACACACACUCUGACACGCACACACACACACACACAGAGAUAUGUUCCUGAAGUACUUCUGCUGACACCCUCCCUAUGAAUACGUAACCUACACCUCUUCCCUGAACCCCUGGACCUCCAGCAUCUCGAACAAAGGGAUGCUCACUUGACCUUUUUGUUUUUGGGGAAACAUGCUGACACAGACUGACAUGACCCCUGUAUUACUAAGGGAAGAAGAUAUUUAAUUUUUAAAAACUAUUUUAAAAAUCCCUCAACAGUUACCACAGUGAACAUUGAAGAUGGCAAAACUCUUAUGCAUUUAAUAACAACUAAGACGUUGUUAAAAAGACAUGCGCUUGAAUGAGGACACAUUUAAAAGAAACUUUAAAAACUCUUAAUUUGAGUUCUAAGAGACGCUACCACUGCACUUGUGUCUCCUUUUCCCUCCCCGGUUCUCCCCCAACAGAGUUUUUUUUUUUAAGUGCUCAAGAAGAAAAAAGCGAGCGGAGGAAAAAAAGGAACACUGAAGAACUAUGAAUGACGUUUGUUGUCAAAUUACAUGGACAAUGACAUUUAGGAUGGAUGGACUGGAAAGAAAAGAAGAAGAGGAGAUUUGCCCCUGCCAAAGAAUGGAGCCCAUCCAUUCAGAGGAUGCCAGCAGACUGGACUGUCCUCACCCAAAACUGGUUCUGGUUUCGUGUGCCGGUGGCUCUCAGUGCUGCUGGUUUCCGGUCCCACCAGGUGUUUAACGUGUGUCCGGUUAGUCUGAAAACCAGCAGGGCCAGGACCGAGGUCACAAACCACAGCUGGAAACACGCUCUGCUUCCCCCUAGAACUCAAUCCCUGCUUUUCCCCCGUGACUCCCCGACUUCAACCCCAACUUUACUGUGUUGAAGACCUCCCGACGCUGUCAGCGUAACCGUAGAAUCGACGUGGCUGAAAAUGUUUCCGAAUAUUGAAACCACUUAAAAGUGUGAGCGACUGACGAGAGUCCCCGAGUCACGGUAUUACUCCACGAGAUAAGACUCCAUCUCUACAGAUAAGAAUUGAUUCCCGCUGGCAGACGUAGGCUCAGUCCACUCUCUCUGUGUUCCUCCUGUCGGACACUCCCCGCCGUGUCUGAGGCUCCUCCCUCGUGUCUGAGGCUCCUCCCUCGUGUCUGAGGCUCCUCCCUCAUGUCUGAGGCUCCUCCCUCGUGUC